UCAUAAUUUUGUUAUACAAAUAAAUUGUGAAAUGAAUAACAAUUCUUGGCAUAUACUUAUAUCUGUGAAAUAAAACAACGCCUUUUGAUCGGAAUCUGAAUAUAGGAUUGAAAACUAUGCAGCUAACCAAACGCUGACGUUCGGUUAAAAAACGCGUCUGCGUUUUUAAAUUCUCUUCUUUGUGUGUGUGAAAGUACAUUUCUUCUCCUGACGAAUCCCAUUAGUUUUGUUGAAUUUGCCUCCAAGAAAUCUGCAAUUAGAAGUUUCAUCUCGCCGUCAUCGUCGUCUUCUUCUGCUGGUCUUCGCUUGAUGCAGAUGCCUUCCUGAGUCUUCGGGAGAUUUGGUAAUUUCGCCUCCAACUCAGUCUCGCCGCAUUUGAGAGUCAUGACCACGCCGCCGAGUUCUCGAGUCGCAUCUUUUGGACAGACGGAGAUCAACUGGGACAAGCUUGACAAAAAGAGGUUUUACGUUGUUGGAGCUGGUCUCUUCACUGGUGUUACAGUAGCUCUGUACCCUGUCUCCGUUGUGAAAACAAGGCUUCAAGUUGCUUCUAAAGAAAUUGCUGAGAGAAGUGCUUUCUCCGUGAUUAAAGGAAUACUGAAGAACGAUGGUGUACCUGGUCUGUAUCGAGGUUUUGGUACUGUAAUUACAGGUGCAGUACCUGCAAGGAUCAUCUUUCUAACUGCUCUGGAGACCACAAAGAUUUCUGCUUUUAAGCUGGUUGCACCUUUCGAGUUAAAUGAACCUACACAAGCCGCCAUUGCGAAUGGAAUUGCAGGGAUGACGGCAUCUCUUUUCUCACAGGCCGUGUUUGUCCCAAUUGAUGUUGUUAGCCAAAAGUUGAUGGUGCAAGGAUACUCCGGUCAUGCUACAUAUACUGGUGGUAUUGAUGUUGCCACAAAAAUCAUUAAGUCAUAUGGCCUAAGGGGAUUAUACAGGGGAUUUGGCUUGUCUGUUAUGACCUAUUCCCCUUCAAGUGCUGCUUGGUGGGCUAGCUAUGGAUCAAGUCAGCGUGUUAUCUGGAAAUUCUUAGGCUAUGGUGGUGACUCAGAGGUUACUACUGCUCCUAGUCAGUCAAAAAUUGUUCUUGUCCAAGCUAUUGGAGGAAUUAUCGCCGGUGCAACUGCAUCCUCAAUCACAACACCCUUAGACACAAUCAAAACGCGACUGCAGGUCAUGGGACACCAAGAAAAUAGACCUUCAGCGAAACAAGUGGUGAAGGAUCUGAUAGCACAAGAUGGUUGGAAAGGAUUCUAUAGGGGUUUGGGUCCAAGAUUCUUCAGCAUGUCGGCUUGGGGUACCUCAAUGAUAUUGACUUACGAAUACCUAAAGCGCCUGUGUGCAAUAGAAGAUUAGGAAAGGCCACCCUCACUACUGUUCGUUGGUUUUUCUCCGUCGACUAACUCGAAUAGACGCAUAAACCCGAUUCAAAUCUUGGUUAUUGGGAGCUUCCUCUUUUUUAACAAUUGGGCCAUUCUUUCAACUUUGAAGUUUGAGUUCCGUUAUUGUAAUCAUUCUUUCAACUUUGCGUAUUGGAGUGUAUUCUUACAGCAGAAGAAAUUCCUAGAUCAUGGUCUUCUGCUUUAUUAGCUUCUGUGAGUUACAAAGCUUCAAAACUUGGAAAUAGCACUAUGAGUAUAAGUGGUUUUUGAAA